AUGGCAACUGCUCUCAGUGGACGCCCACCUAACAAUCGGAAAGGCCGUAUUUUAGGCAUUAUUGACGCCAUCCACGACGCGGUCGGACCCCCAAAGCAAGCGGCCGCGGACAGGAGAACCGUAGAGAAGACAUGGAAACUCAUGGACAAAGUAGUAAGGUUAUGUCAGAACCCCAGACUGCAGUUGAAGAACAGUCCUCCGUACAUCCUGGAUAUCUUACCUGACGCUUACCAGCACCUGAGGCUGAUCCUGUGCAAAUACGAGGAGAGCCAAAGACUUGUUCAGCUAAGCGAGAACGACUAUUUCAAAGUGUACAUCGACAGCCUGAUGAAGAAAUCCAAAAGAGCCAUCCGCCUCUUUAAGGAAGCCAAAGAGAGAAUGUAUGAAGAACAGUCACAGGACAGGCGAAACCUCACUAAGCUCUCGUUGAUCUUCAGUCACAUGCUGGCCGAGAUCAAAGCCAUCUUUCCGGGCGGACAGUUCCAGGGAGACACGUUCCGGAUUACCAAGGCAGAUGCCGCAGAUUUCUGGAGAAGAUCUUUUGGAGAAAAAACAAUAGUACCAUGGAAGAUGUUCAGACAGUGCCUUCACGAUGUGCACCCCAUCAGCUCCGGGCUGGAGGCCAUGGCUCUCAAAUCCACCAUCGACCUCACCUGCAACGACUACAUCUCCGUGUUCGAGUUCGACAUCUUCACUCGUCUUUUUCAGCCAUGGGGCUCAAUCCUGAGAAACUGGAACUUCCUAGCGGUCACGCAUCCAGGUUAUAUGGCAUUCCUGACGUACGAUGAAGUAAAGGCACGUCUACAGAAGUACAUCAACAAACCCGGCAGUUACAUAUUCAGGCUGAGCUGUACGCGGUUAGGCCAGUGGGCCAUCGGCUACGUCACCAGCGACGGCAACAUCCUGCAGACCAUUCCGCAUAACAAGCCACUGUUUCAGGCGCUCAUAGAUGGAUGCCGAGAAGGCUUCUAUCUGUUUCCUGAUGGUCGCAGUUAUAAUCCAGAUCUUACAGGAUUGUGUGAACCCACACCACAUGACCAUAUUAAGGUCACGCAGGAACAGUACGAGUUGUAUUGCGAAAUGGGAUCUACAUUUCAGCUAUGUAAGAUCUGUGCAGAAAACGACAAGGAUGUAAAGAUCGAACCAUGUGGACACCUCAUGUGCACUUCCUGUUUGACAUCAUGGCAGGAUUCUGAUGGUCAGGGUUGCCCAUUCUGUCGGUGUGAGAUCAAAGGGACGGAGCCUAUCAUUGUGGAUCCAUUUGACCCACGAAACGUAGGGUCCAAAUGUUUCCUGAUGGACCACUUUAGCUCUCCCAUGUUGGACCUGGAUGAUGAUGAUGACAGAGAGGAAUCAUUGGUCAUAGACCAUAUCAGAAAGGUUAUUCAUGGGUAUGAUUCAUCAGUGCAAGAUAUUCCAAGGUCCAUGGAUAUCCAAAACUCACCGAUAAUGUCCCCAACCUCAUCCCCCGUUUGCGAGCGUCGAAAAACCGCUGCAGAUCACAUGGGUCCGCACCUGAACAUUCCUCCUGUACCUCCCCGCCUAGAUCUCAUCCGAUCCCCCGCUGCCAGCCCCACUGGCUCUCCCAAGUCGUCACCAGGCAUGUCCAGGAAACAGGACAAGCCACUUCCUGCUCCUCCACCGCCACAGAGAGACCCUCCUCCCCCACCUCCUCCAGAACGCCCUCCUCAUAUUGCUCAAGAAGCUCGGGCCGCCUGGCUCGUUCCCCCUUCGUCUGGCUUGCCCCAAAACCCAAGAGCACCCCUGGAAGCCUGGAGCCCCAAAGACAGCACCCCACUGUCAGACAGCAGGGUCACUGCUGCAGAUCGCUCGCCUAAACUCGCCCACACUGCACCUGCUCACAUCAACGGGAGACCCCUCAGCUGCUCCGGUGCCGAACUGGGGUUAAACCGAACUAGCCACAGACUCAACACCCAAUCGGAGUGUAGUAAGCCUUUCAUCAACGGUCUGUUACCUGGUGAUGAGUAUGAUGUUCCUCCUCCACGUCAUUCCCCUCCCUUGGUGGACCACAACCAGAGACACACCAACCCUUUCGCCAACCCUCGAAAUCUCACAGACAGACUGGAGGAUGAGUAUCAGAUACCUUCAUCACAUCCUGUCUGCAUCACACAGCCACCCAUCAGUGUUCCCUUCCGUAACAGGUCUUUAGAAAACGGCGCAUCAGAUCUCUCAACAGAUAUAAAGAAACAUAAACCUCCAGAGCAUGGUGGGUUUGACUCUGGUUCAGUGAUUUCUGGUGUGUCUCACACCACACAGUGCCCCCUUCAUAACAGGACGCCCUCAGACUACGACAUUCUACUGCCCCCUCAAGCAUCUCCAAUGGAGGACCUAUUCAACUCUCUUCCACCCUCUCAGCCUCCCCCUCCUCCCCCAAUCAGAAAUAGUUUCACAGAAUCCUCAUCCUCUUCACCCUUUCCCAGACCUGCCCGUCCCUCAUCUGGACACGACCACUUUCUGCUAAGCGCUGAUACGUUUAUAGACGCAUUGAAUAACUCCGCUCCUAAUCCUCCUGUGCGGAGACAAACGGCAGAAAGUAAGACUCCAUUCAGAGCUCCACAAGACUAUGAUCAACUGCCUCCCACCUCAGUGGCCGAAGAUUGCUUCAGGGCACCCGAGAGACCUCCCAAACCACUGCCCAGGAUCAUCCCACCAGACAUCCACAGAAGACCGCACGAAUCCUCCCGAGAGAAUGUCGACGGCAAAAUUGCCAAACUGAUGGGUGAAGGCUACUCUUUCGAGGACGUGAAGAGGGCGCUGAUGAUAGCGCAGAACAAAGUGGACGUAGCGAGGAACAUUUUACGAGAAUUCGCGCUAGUGGCACCCAGGCAGGGCCUGUAGCCCAAACUGAUACUAUUCAAACUAUGACUGACUCUUAACGCAGAGCUUACAAACACAGCAGCAGGCUGAUUCCCUCUUGCUUAACGCACCCGCACGCGUCGACCGCCAAUGAUGCGGAAAGUAAAGCCACGUAACCGUUUAGUGUUGUGUGGACACAACCUGUGAAAGAAAGUCGUGGCUUACGCUGCUGGAUUUAUCUUCAGACCUCAUCGGCUGUUCGAGAGAGAGGUCUCCAUCAGUACACUUUUCAUCUGGACAUGCGACUGUUUGUAUCGCCAGUGUCUGUAGGCCGUUUAAGCAUUUCUUGCCAAUGCCGCCACUGCUGCCUGCCUUACCCUACGACACGCACACACAAACAUCUCCCAGUUCUUUAAUGGCCUCUCGGGUGUCAUGAGUUCACAGUAAUGGCCCUCUGUCUGGUCCUUAAGUCGCUAUGAUCACGACAAACCAGAUCUGUAUGUCAUUAUUCACCUCCCGUUCGCUUCUGUGGUGCAACGCAGGUUUCAGUUGAUACGCAUUAUAGAGUCCAAGUGCAAGCAGGUUUGGCUUUAUGUAAGGGCUGAUGUCAUCUGUAAAUAGAAGGUUUGACCCAUAAUCCCUUUCCCAUCAAAAUUCAACGUCUGCAUUUCUUCUGUAUGCAUCAGUUUCCUAUUUCUUGACAUUGUUUAAAAGCCGUACAGGAGCCGUUUAAAGCAGUAGAUGAAGUAAGACUUUCUCUCAUGUUAGUCCACACUGGUGCUGUAGGAAAGAGUUAAGUGCAGAAAUAACAACCAAACAUUUACAGCCAAAACUUGGUCAUUUUCCAUCUGUUAAAUGCGAGUCUCGUGAUAAGGACUUGAUUAAUAAUAAAGACUCAAGAAAGGCCUCGUGGAAAUGGACGCCGGAUUGCUUCGAGACUUCUCACUGGCCUUGUCGUUUCUCUUAUCAGGUCCUCUCUUGCACUUGAAACUUAAUUUUGCACUGGUCUUUCUCUCCAUCUUACACCUGAUAGUCUUGAACUCGAGCGGGAGCUUGCCGUCGGCCUGCGGAUGAGGACCUUUGACAGGUCUGCAGGGGAAAACCGUUCAUUUCGGUUCAUUUCCCCCCUCUCUUCUUUUUACAAGAGAUUUAGUUUGUUGGCGCCUUGUGGAUCAUUUAAACCAGUGACGUGUGCAAUUAAUUUAUACUUUGUUAAAAAGUUUUUUCUGAGAUUAUUUUCAUCUUUCAGUAUGUUGGUAACCCGUGAUCAGUUCUUGUGAAAAAAAUGUUUUAUAAAAGCCAGUAUUAACAUCU